UAAGCAGGAUAUAUUUCUAAUUUUACAAUAAAAUCUCUAUUAUAAAUAAAUUUUGACAUUAGUGUAAUUUUUAACAUUAAUUUAAUUCAUUUUGUGAAAUAUAUUUAAAUCUAAUAUAACGAUUAGACUCCGGAUAAUGCAAAAAACAAAAAAAUAAUACAUUUUGAAAAUGGGCACAAUAAUAAGCAAAGACACGAGACGUAUUAGUUUUGAUAAUACUAUAUCUUUGAACCCAGUACUGAUACAAUCAGUCAAUGAAAGUGAUGAAAUGUUUUUUGAUGAUUUUAAUGAGAUAAAGCCUAGUGAUUUGAAUUUAAAAAAAAAAACUAAUUACAUUAGAAUGCAUGAUGAAGAACAAGAUUACUGGGAACAGAGAAUAGACCACCUUAAGAAUGAACAUCAAUUAAUUAAUAAGAUAAUUGAGGAUGAAUAUAAAACAUCAAUUGAGAAAAGCGACAAAUUAUUUAAAACACAAAAUGUUACACAAGAAAAAAUUCAGAAAUUAAAACCGUGCCUUGAUUGGAGUUCUAAGAUUAUGCGUUGUUACGAAGAUAAUCCUCGUCAACCGUUACUAUGUUCAGCCGUAGUCCAAGCAUUUAACGAUUGCGUUACAUCAACUCGGCUUGGAGAUUAAUUUUUUUUAAUAUAUUAACUAUAAAAUAAUUCAUAAAAGUAGCAAAUUUUUGUUUUGUAAAUUGUAUUUAUUAUAAAAACCGAGGAAUUCACAAAGAAAAUUAAUGAAAUUAUUAAUUAAAAUUAUUUAUAAUAAGAUUCCUGCUUUAGUUACUUUAAAUAUAAAUAUAAAUGUAUUUAAUGUCAUUGAAUGGUAAAAUAAAAAUAAUUUUAAUAUUCACGUGAAACCU